UCCACGAAACGAUGCCUAUAAAAAUAAUUUGAUGCAAGGUUGGAAUUACUGAAGAAGAGAUUAGAAAAUUCUGGCUUUUCGAAUAUCUUAUUCUUUGUGGUAACACCGCCUCCAUAUUUGCCGGAAGACGACAUGGAAAAUAAUGUGGAGAUAAAAACAUGGAGAGAAAUAUCUAAAAAUAUGCAGGGAUCUGAAUAUUUCUUAGGCGAGGAAGGAACACUGUUUAGUGACCUUGCAAGGAAGAAGAAGGGCAUUAUUUUUCUUCAAGACUCUUCCGAGUUGGGCAUUUGGAAAAGCUUUCGUGCCUCAAGGAAUGAAGUAGUUAUCAUUGAUCGCUGCGGCAAAUUAACUUAUCAGAUUAUAGUACCUUGGAGUAUACUAUACUUCCCUUAUGUUAAAGCAGCUAUACUUUCCACCUACAAAGAAGAUCCAUGUGGUCCUUGCUAUGAAUAUUCGUCGGCAACACUCAAUUCAAUGACUUAUGAAGAGCAUCGUUUAAAAACUAUAAAUUCAGAUGAAGCAAGCAUAGAUGAAAAUGUCAAUGCACGUACAAAAAGAAUAGUUACUGAUUUGCAUACUAUUAAUAUACAAUCAAGAAGAAUUGAAGAUGAUAAAAAUAUUAGCACUACCGUUUCUUUCGAUACAAAUGUUUAUGAACGUACGAUUUAUGAUGUCACAACUGAGACAUCAACUACACUAAAUACAGAAACUACAGAAAAUAAAAAUGAUAAUAUACGAGACAACCCAUUUCUAACCGAUAAAAAUAUUGAAAUAACUACUGUAAUACCAUUCGAACAAAAAGAAAUUAUAUCAACUAUGUCAAAUUUCGAAACAACUGAAGUUUACGAAGACGCUCAGGAUUGCACAUUUUCGAAAAAACAAAUAGAUGAAAAUAACAACAAUUCGUUUUCCACAACUAAUGAUUCGAAUAUUGACUUACCAAAUCAUGAUUAUCGCGACAUUAAAUCGGAUAUUAUUUUAAGAGAUAUAAAAAGAAAGGGACAAGAAGUAAACGAAAAUCCUACACAAGAGUUACAAAUUCAAAAGGACGAAGGUAUACCUCUACGUAUUAUAUUGUACGCUCCGCAUUUACAUGAAGAAAAUGGAACAUUGAAAACAUAUACGCAUUUAGUUCUAAAAACAAGAAAUCGAGAUUAUCAUGAUCAUUUUCAUAGUAGGAGUAAAACUCUUAAUCAAGAGCCAGCAGUAAUAGAAAGAUCAAAUUCAAUGAUAUUAAACGAUAAGAAAUUGGCCGAGUACGUACAUACUGUGGAUGAAAGCCCAGGAAUAUAUGGAGAAAUUGCAGAUUAUUGGCAAACUACCGACAAAGAUGAAUUCGAUAAUAAAAAUGAAGAUACAGAACUUACAGAUUACGAUUACGCUACGGCAGAAGAUAUAGGAAGCAGUAUUAACUCCUUAGCUUACGAUGUCGUGAGAGACACGUCUCACGCUAACCAGACCAAACGUAAACAGCACGUGUGAGAAAUGUGACAUGGCAAUCCAGUCAAAUUUAAACAUCACGUCUCUCAGACGAGAUACGGCAAUCAGGUCAAACCUAAAUACUACGUCUGAGAAACGUAGUACGUCGUCUGGGCAUAACGCAACAAACAGUUACUAAGCCCUUAGAAAUGUCUUUAGAAAGAAUAUUAACACUAGG